AUCUUGAGACUCGCUAAGCGUCCCAGCCGCAUCCCUCCCGCAGCGACGGCGGCCCGGGACCCGCGGGCUGUGAACCAUGUACACCCGCAAUAGAGUGGUGAGCUCCGGGCUCGGCGCCUCCCCUGCCUCCCGCCUGACCCGGAAUCCCCAGGACACUUAUGGGCGGCACGGGGAGCUGAGCCCCCUGGAAGACCAGAGACAGGGUUUGGAGGCAGCCCCUGAGAGCCCUUCGCGGGAGAGCGUCGUGCACGCGGGCCAGAGGCACACAAGUGCAUAUACCUUGAUAACACCAAAUAUAAACCGGAGAAAUGAGAUACAAAGAAUUGCGGAGCAGGAGCUGGACAACCUGGAGAAGUGGAAGGAGCAGAACAGAGCUAAACCAGUUCACCUGGUGCCCAGGCGGCUAGGUGGAAGCCAGUCAGAAACUGAAGUCAGACAGAAACAACAACUCCAGCUGAUGCAAUCUAAAUACCAGCGAAAGCUAAAAAGAGAAGAAUCUGUAAGAAUCAAGAAGGAAGCUGAAGAAGCUGAACUCCAAAAAAUGAAGGCAAUUCAGAGAGAGAAGAGCAAUAAACUGGAGGAGAAAAAAAGACUUCAAGAAAACCUUAGAAGAGAAGCAUUUAGAGAGCAUCAGCAAUACAAAACCGCUGAGUUCUUGAGCAAACUGAACACAGAAUCGCCAGACAGAAGUGCCUGUCAAAGUGCUGUUUGUGGCCCACAAUCCUCAACAUGGAAACUUCCUGUCCUUCCUAGGGAUCACAGCUGGGCCAGAAGCUGGGCUUACAGAGAUUCUCUAAAGGCAGAAGAAAACAGAAAAUUGCAAAAGAUGAAGGAUGAACAACAUCAAAAGAGUGAAUUACUGGAACUUAAGCGGCAGCAGCAAGAGCAAGAAAGAGCCAAAAUCCACCAGACUGAACACAGGAGGGUAAAUAAUGCUUUUCUGGACCGACUCCAAGGCAAAAGUCAACCAGGUGGCCUCGAGCAAUCUGGAGGCUGUUGGAAUAUGAAUAGUGGUAACAGCUGGGGUUCUCUAUUAGUUUUUUUGGGGCAUCUAAGGGUAUAUGAGAAAAUAUUGACUCCUAUCUGGCCUUCAUCAACUGACCUCGAAAAGCCUCAUGAGAUGCUUUUUCUUAAUGUGAUUUUGUUCAGCUUCACUGUUUUUACCUUAAUUUCAACUGCCCACACACUUGACCGUGCAGUCAGGAGUGAGUGGCUUCUCCUUGUCCUCAUUUAUGCAUGUUUGGAGGAGCUGAUUCCUGAAUUCAUAUUUAAUCUCUACUGCCAGGGAAAUGCUACAUUAUUUUUCUGAUUGGAAGUAUAAUUAGAGUGAUGUUGGUAGGGUAGAAAAAGAGGGAGUCACUUGAUGCUUUCAGUUUAAUCAGAGCUAUGGGUGCUACAGGCUUGUCUAAGUGACAUAUUCUUAUCUAAUUCUCAGAUCAGGUUUUGAAAAGCUUUGGAGGUCUUUUUAUAUUUUAAUCCCUACUUUAUGGUACAAAUAUGUACAAAAUAAAAAAUGUCUUAUAUUCUUUUACACAAAUUUAUAAAUAAAUUUUGAACUACUUCUGUA